AUGUUUAUGCCUAGUCUUCGUAGCUUUUUGCUGCUGAUUCUGCAGUCUUUUAUUGCUUUGGCCAUCGUUGAUGCCUCAAACUUACCAAAGUCAAUCACCCUCUCCUACGAAUUGAUCGGAUUCCCUUCUGUCAAACCCCUCGUCACUGUCUUCUACGAUCCGAAAUCGCUGAAAUACUCUUUGUCUUCAUGGAAUCCUCCAAACUUGGACUCCCUUACAUCUACAACACCGGAGUCCACCUCCAAACUCCUUCGAAUUCUACUUCCUAACGGAAGCUCGACUAUCACGACCCUCGACACAUUCAACCAAGAUCUCCACCAGAAGAUUGAUCUGUGGAUAUCCCCGGACGAUGGAACAGUUUUUUCGGCUUCUGUAUCCAGUCUCUCACCACCACCUUUGUCUCCAGAAGAAGAACGUUACAGGAAAAAGGUCGAAAGGGCCAAGGCUAAAGGGAAACCAAUACCAGCCCGGCCCCCGGUACCGAAUACAAAGAAGGCAAGGGAAGAGGCGGCCAAGGCAGCGGCCAUGUACGAACCCAUCAAAGUGAAUCUGUUAAUCUCUGGGCCUGGUCCUGCACCGUCGCUGGCCACUCGCAAACCGCCCCAGGUUGAUUCGGAGGGACGGGAAAUUCCACAAGAAGAACGGCAAGAGAAGAGUUUCUUCCAGAAAUAUUGGUGGGUAUUCUUAAUUAUAGCAAUGCUUACCAUGACUGGGGGCGGGCAAGACAAAUGA